CGGUUUUGGUUUUGGCCAAAAGAAAGAAAACUGUUGGAAAUUACAUCGCCCGUGCUUCAAGUUUAGAAAGAAAAAGAAAGAAAGAAGCAUCAUCUGAGAGUAAAAAAUAGUUUUUCCAUUCAACAAUAGUUUCAUAAAAUAAAACAGACUCGCUUGUAAAUUUUAACAACUAAAACUAAUCCGCUUUACUAAUGUCCAUUACCAAUAACUAUGGAGAAUUUCGCUUCACAGUUAUUACGAGGUGGGAAGCAAAAGACGAAAUCUUGUGUAGGAAUGACCGUAAUGGCAAAAACAUCAAUUGCCGAGAUAUGUGAAAAUGCCAAAAUGGCCAGAGAAAUGGCCCUUACUGGAAAUUAUGAUUCAGCUGCAAUAUAUUACGAAGGAUUGCAGGGAAUGUUAAGUAGAAUGGUUACUUCAACAACGGAUCCUCUUCGUAAGGGCAAAUGGGGCAUGAUCAAUCAACAAAUACAAAAAGAAUACACAGAAAUGAAAGCCAUUCAAAAAACACUUUCCGAAAUGACCUUGGAUUUGCAUAAUACGCCUUUUGCUCACAAACUAAAAUCUCAAAUAAGCGAAGACGAGAUGAAAGAUCCAGCUUCUUGGUUUCGUCCAGAUCCAGAUAUUUGGACACCUCCACCUAAGGAUCCUGAUGUUUGGGGGCCGCCAAGACCCGAAAAGCCGGUUCCACCAAGUCGUAGUCGCAGUAGUAAUGCGGUAGUGAAUAGAAAAUUGGAUCGUAAAAGUACAAUUCCCCAGAGACAAGCACCAGGCGCAAAAAAACCAUCUGCACCGAAUACUGGUCGCCAAAGUAAUUCAAGUCAAAAUGGUAGAACGUCUGCUGCGGGCUCAAAUAAUCGAAAAACAUUGUCUGCUGUCAGUGGAGCAAGCACAGACAAUGGACAAGCAAAGGACGAUGAUCCCAAAGACGAAGACAACACUGCAGAUGAAGAAAAAGAAAAGAAAUUUGAGCCUAGCAGUCAUCUCGAGUCGGAGUUGGUGGAUAUUUUAGAGCGUGAUAUAUUGCAAAAGAAUCCAAAUGUACACUGGGAAGAUAUCGCCGAUCUACAAGAUGCUAAAAAAUUGCUUGAAGAAGCUGUUGUUCUGCCAAUGUGGAUGCCACAUUUUUUUAAGGGGAUUCGUAGGCCAUGGAAAGGUGUUCUGAUGGUUGGACCACCGGGCACUGGAAAGACCAUGCUCGCUAAAGCUGUAGCAACUGAAUGUGGAACAACAUUUUUUAAUGUUUCAUCGUCGACGUUAACAUCCAAAUACCGCGGUGAAUCUGAGAAAAUGGUACGCCUCCUAUUCGAAAUGGCCCGCUUCUAUGCACCAAGUACAAUUUUUAUCGAUGAAAUCGAUUCGCUUUGCUCACGACGUGGAUCCGAAUCGGAACACGAAGCUUCCCGACGUGUAAAAUCAGAACUGUUAGUUCAAAUGGAUGGCGUUGAUAGUGAGGAAGCAUCUAAGGUUGUUAUGGUGUUGGCCGCAACAAAUUUCCCUUGGGAUAUUGACGAAGCUUUAAGACGUCGUCUAGAGAAACGAAUCUACAUACCCCUGCCAACUGAUGAUGGUCGGGAAGUUCUUUUGAAAAUAAAUUUGCGCGAAGUUAAAAUUGACGAUAGUGUAAAUCUAUCGAAAAUCGCUAAAAAAUUAGAAGGUUAUUCAGGAGCGGAUAUAACAAAUGUUUGCAGGGAUGCCAGUAUGAUGUCCAUGCGGAGGAAAAUUGCUGGCCUUAAACCGGAAGAAAUUCGCCAAUUAGCAACGGAGGAAGUUGAUCUUCCUGUCUCAUCGCAAGAUUUUGCCGAAGCAAUUGCAAAAUGUAACAAAAGUGUCUCAAAGGCCGAUCUAGAGAAAUAUGAAAAAUGGAUGAAAGAAUUUGGAUCAUCAUGAUGACAUGAAAGGAACAAAUAUCCAUCAUUAAAACUCUCAUUAUCAUUCUCACACUUUAAAACCCUAACCUUUCCACAAUUAAAAUAACCCCAUUUUAUUUUUAGUUUAAUAAUGUUUUUUUUUCUAAAAUAAUGUUUUGCCUAAUAAGACUAAAAUGGUGAUGCAGAUGCAUCAUCAAAAGAACAUAAGGAACAACACUACUGCAAUAAAAAUGUAAUAAUAUAUAUGAAGAAAUAUUCGGAGAACUAAUUUUUGUUCCACAAUUCACGGAAUUUGUUAUAUUCUUUUUUGAAAAUAAUAUUUUUGAUUUAAAAGUGAAUGCAACAAGAACAAAACAAAUUGAUAUGUACUUAAAACAAAAACCGAGGAAAUUUUUAACAUUGUAAUAAAUAAAAGGAUGUUCAGAUACGAUAAAAUAAAAAAUUAUAACAAUGCA